AGAACCAGGCUGAAGUUUUGCAUCGUCGACUAAUCCAGAGGGCAGUGUGCUGGAAUACCACAACCAGGAGUUUCUUGCUUUUCUGAAGAACAGAAGAUAGGAACCUCCCACCUUUGGUACCUGCCUAUUAAAAAGGACAAAUUGUAAAGGCAAAGAGGGAUGGCGGAUGACCGGAAGGACGAAGCAAAGGCCCCACACUGGACCUCGAGUCAGAUCGCGGAGGCUUCUUCCCACUCACAUUCCCCGGAGAUUAAGGAACCAAGUGGCGCAGGUGACGGGCUGGUCAGAAGUGCCAACGGAUUUCCUUACAGGGAGGAGGAAGACGGAGGCUACGGAGCACGCGGACAGCAGAGCUCGUAUUCCAGAACCAAAGAGAAUGGGAUCAAUGGAGAGCUGGCGACGGGAGAGAAGGAAACAGCAGAAGAAGUAUCCGCGAGGAUAGUCCAAGUAGUGACCGCUGAGGCUGUGGCGGUCCUGAAAGGGGAACAGGAACAAGAAGCCCAGCACAAAGAUCAGCCUGCGCCGUUGCCUUUAGCAGUUGAAGAAACGGCCAACCUGCCUCCUUCGCCGCCCCCAUCGCCCGCCUCAGAGAAGACUGGAAUGCUGGAAGAAGAUGAGCAAGAGUCCAAAGAAGAGGAAGAAGAGGAAAUGAUUAAAGGUCCAGUGGAGUCUGAACCUAAGCUGCUCGUUCCCCUUGGUGAGGAACGUGAGAAAACGGGUGGGCCACUGGAGCCUAUGCAGUGGGCCGAGGGCCAUAGCGAGGCCCAGCAAGGUUCCAUGGCUGAAGAACCCGUGACCCGCAAUGGGGAGAAUGUGGUAGCGGAGGAGCCCCUGAAAGCCCCUGAGCCUCCCUCUGUUGAGGAAGCUUCCAAGAUGGAAAUCCGUGGCCAAGAAGGUGCAUCCCCAUUUGCAGCCGAGCCGUUACACACAAAGGAAUCAGAGCGAGGAAGUAAGACUAGUGAGCAACCUAUACAUGAUGCCUUAGUUCCCCAGCCAGCAAAAACAGAGACUCUAGGAAAAACAGAGGGCGAAGAAGACGAGGACACGCUUCCAGUUCUAUUGGGACAGACUUUAGAUGGAAGUCUGCUAAAGAAAGAGGACUGGCAUUUUGUAAAACCCAGUGUCGAUUUAACCGGAGAGUUUCAUCUACAUCAAAAAGAAGAUUUCUCAGCAGGAUUGCAAAAAGAAAAUAAAACUGAGGAAAAGUCCACAAAGAAAGCUGUCAUUGAAACAAUACCCUUAAAGUCUACCACGGAUCUUGUAGAUGUUAAAAAAAGCAUAGGUGAAAGCAUAGGUUCCUUCUCACCUUCCGAAUCUGCAAUGAACAUUACAGGCACAUUUAAAAGUGCCUUUGCUUCUGAAACUUUGCAAGCUGGUCUGCAUAUAUCUCCACCAGAGGAUAGUAAAAAAAUGACACCUAUGUCCACCGUUACAGUGAUUACCAAAGACUUUUCAAGAGACAGAAAAAUGGACAAAGACCCAGUGAAAAAACUGGGAGACGAAUUUGCGGUGAUAGCUAGUCAUGCCUCAAAACCGUUUUCGGAGCAAACAUCAACCAAGAAUGUUCCUCUUUGGGAAGAAGAGAAAGAUAUGACAGAGGAAGAAAGUGAUGAAGAAAGGUACUCUGCCCCACACAGAGAGAAACUCAGAGCAUUAGAUGAUCAGAUUUAUGUAACGCAUGACCAACCCACAACAGUUUUGGGUGCAGAAAUCACGGGGAAAGAAAUGGACCUUAAAAAAUCAUCUGAUGUUCUCAGAGGAGAAGGAGGGCUAGAGACUAUUGCAGAUUCAACAAUACUUGAUGUUAAAAAAGUGGAAAAGCAUGAGACUGCCAGAGACAGGUUCAACCAAGAAUUGUGUCGUGAAAAGUGUAAAGAGACUUCAGAUAAAGUUUUAUCAUCUCCAGUAACAGAGGAAAUCCCCGUUGAUCCAAGUGAAGAACCUCUGAAAGGAAAAGGUGCUGGAAAGGAUGGAAGAGGGGAAACAUUUUCUGUUGCCGAUUCAGCAACUCACAAGGUGCAGGCAGAAGAAGAUAAAUCAGGAAUGUCUAAGUAUUUUGAGACGUCAACCCUUAAAGAUGAACCUGCUAAGGGCGACGUGCUGGAACAGGGUACUGGAUACUAUGAACUGAGUGAUACUAAAGAACAGGCCUAUGACCCUUAUCAUAAAGACUUCUUAGUAUCUAAAAAAGAUCCUGAGGAAUUUACUCUAGAGUCAGCACAACACCCCAGUGGGUCUGCUCAUGAAGUAGGGUAUAGUACUCUUGUUCAGGGGUUCCCGGAAGAGAAAUCUGAGGGUCCCAGCUCUCCUACAGAAAGACUGUACACAAUUGACCCAAACGUGUAUGGAGAUAAGAGAGAACUCCAUAGUAAAAAUAAAGAUGACUUGACCCUAAGCAGGAGCUUGGGACUGGGUGGUCGAUCCGCCAUAGAGCAGAGGAGUAUGUCUAUUAACUUGCCCAUGUCCUGCUUGGAUUCCAUAGCCCUGGGAUUUAACUUUGGGCGCAUGCAUGACCUCUCACCACUAGGUUCAGAUAUUAUGGAUAAUGGCAGUGGGGACGAGGGAGAGGACUAUUUGCCAGCCACCACCCCAGCAGGAGAAAAAGCCCCCUCCUUCCCACCAGAGAGCAGGGAAGAAGAGGAGAAAAUUGAGGUGCCAAAAGGAACAGGAGGAGGAGAUAUUCAAGUUGAACCCUUGUGUGAGUCGCCCUUCCUGGCUAAAGAUUACUACAAGAAUGGGUCUGUAAUGGCUCCAGACUUGCCUGAAAUGUUAGACUUAGCUGGCACAAGGUCGAGACUCGCAUCUGUGAGUGCAGAUGCUGAAGGGACUCAAAAGAAGCCUGUUUCUCCAGAGGCUGUUGUAGAGGACAGUGGCGCAACCCACCACCUUAUAGCCGAUGAAAACCACAUGACUCUAAAAGCUGACAGUCAGCUAGAAGAUCUGGGCUACUGUGUUUUCAACAAGUACACCGUGCCGAUGCCGUCUCCAGUCCAAGACAGCGAGAAUUUGGGGGGAGAGGCCUGCCCUUUUGACGAGAAAAUGAGGAGAAGUGUCGUCACGGACCUGUCUUUGAUAGAAGUGAAGUUGGCCGCGGCCGAGCGAGCCAAAGAGCAACAAGAUGCUUCUGGCGACUUAGCAAUUUUGGGCAAGGAGUUUGAGCAGGAGAGGAAAGCAAUCGAUAAACUUGACACCGUGCUAGAAAAAAGUGAGGAGCAUGUUGAUUCUAAAGAAGCCUGUUCUUCGGAGGACACCGAACAUGAAACAACAAAGCUUACUUCUACGUCAGAAAGUGCAGAUAAAAAUCUAGUUGGAUUGGAUGAGAAAGUGUCUUUGUUGACUGUGGGGGAUGAAAAGGACGUGCACAUUGCUGCAGAGGCAGGCAAGACAGACGUCUCCUACAAACCAAACUAUGAUGCUAUAAAGCAUGAUAUGGAUUCCGCUGCUCGGAAAGUUGAGGAAGAAUACCAAAGUAAGUUAGGAGUUCAUGUCAGUGAGUCUGUUUCACAGCAGGGCACAGAGCAUCAAGAACAGACCCUAGCCACGUUGCCCCAAGAACCCGCAACCUGUGCAAAAGCUGAGCCUAGUCAUGCAAAAGACGCCAUCAAGCUAACAGAGAGUGAAGUGAAGGAAAAGGGACCCAAACCUGACCUGGUGCAUCAAGAAGCAGUCGAUAAAGAAGAAUCCUAUGAGUCAAGUGGAGAUAACGAUCAACCCCAAGAAAGCUUGCCGGGAGAAGCUGCAAAACCAUUGGAUGGCAAAAGAGAAAGACCACCUCUGCCAGAAAAGGAAAUUGCAUCACUGCUAGUAGCAAAACAGCCACCCGCAGAAGCAGAUGCCUCUGAAACAACACAAGAAGAAACACAUGAGAUUCAAAUGGAGAGUAUACCACAGGCUAAAGAAAAUAACAUGGAAACUCUGGAAGCUGCUGGCCCUGUGGAAACCAAAGAGUCUCUACCAUGUGAUUUAAUGCACAGGAAAGCAAUAGGAGACAAAGAAGGAGAAGAACCAAAGCAAGAGAGCAAGGAAGAUGUAAAACAAAUAGAAGAGAGUAAGGAAGAAGCAGAACAAGUGGAAGAGAUUACGGGACAGGUAAAACGAGAGGAAGAGAGCCAGCGAGAAGAAGAGGAAGGAAAAAGUAAGCAAGAUGAACAAAAAGUGGAGCACAAACAAGAAGAACCAGAGGAAGAGAAAAAGCAGAAAGUAGAACGAGAAGAGAGGAAGCAGGAAAUAGAAGAGGAGGAGGAGAAGCAAGGAGAUCAGCAGGAGGAAGAGAGCAAACAAGAGGAAGAAGAGACUAAGAAAACGAGCAAAGAAAGGGACGGGAAGAAACAGGGCGCAGAGGAGAAGGCAGCCCCAGGGGAACCAUCUGAGCUGAAAGGAAUAAUAGAAUCUGUUGUAACAAUUGAGGAUGACUUCAUUACAAUAGUGCAGACCACAGUAGACGAAGGAGAAACCAGCUCCCAUAGCGUGCGCUUUGCUGAAACCCAGCAGGCCAAAACAGAAGAAGAAGGGAUCCAGCCUGAAGAGGAGGCAGGAAUAGAGAUGGUCACUGACGUUGAAAUGGAGACAAAAGAAAGCUCUCUGGAAGCUCCUGGCUCUCCAGAGAUGGAAGGAGUCCCCUUAACGGAUUACAAGACAGAGACAUACGAUGAUUAUAAAGAUGAAACGACCAUUGAUGACUCCAUCCUGGACACAGACAGCAUAUGGGUGGAUACUCAAGAUGAUGAUAGGAGCAUCAUGACGGAACAGUUAGAGCCUGUUCCUAAAGAGGAGAAGGCAGAGACAGAAUUGCGGAGACCGUCCCUUGAUAAGCAUAAAAAAGAGAAACCUUUAAAAACGGGGAAAGGCAGGAUUUCUACUCCUGAAAGGAAAAUAGCUAAAAAGGAACCUAGCACAAUCUCCAGAGACGAAGCGAGAAGGAAAAAAGCUGUGUAUAAGAAAGCCGAACUUGCUAAAAAAGCUGAUGUUCAGGCUCACUCUCCUUCCAGGAAAAUCAUUUUAAAACCUGCUAUCAAACAUACUAGACCAACUCAUCACUCCUGUGUUAAGCGGAAGCAGACAGCUGCUGGAGGCGAAACAAAUCAAACUCCUGGAGUGUUUAAGCAAGCAAAAGAAAAACUUUCAGAUGGAGUAACAAAGAGUCCAGAAAAGCGCUCCUCCUUACCAAGGCCUUCUUCUAUUCUACCUACCCGGAGAGGCAUCUCAGGGGAUCGAGAACGGGACGAGAAUUCUUUCACCCUGAACAGCACCAUCUCCUCCUCAGUACGACGGACCACAAGAUCAGAGCCUAUUCGCAGCCGAACAGGAAAGAGCGGCACGUCUACCCCGACUACUCCAGGAUCCACCGCCAUCACUCCUGGGACCCCACCUAGCUAUUCAUCCCGUACUCCUGGCACCCCCGGCACCCCCAGCUACUCCAGAACCCCCCACACACCGGGUACGCCCAGAUCCGCUAUUCUGGUGCCUACCGAGAAGAAAGUGGCGAUCAUACGCACACCUCCGAAGUCUCCGGCCACCCCCAAGCAACUACGGCUCAUCAAUCAGCCUCUGCCCGAUCUCAAGAAUGUCCGAUCCAAAAUCGGGUCAACGGAGAACAUCAGAUAUCAACCUAAAGGAGGACAGGUGCAAAUUGUGACCAAGAAGAUAGACCUGAGUCAUGUGACUUCAAAGUGUGGCUCGCUGAAGAAUAUUCGUCACAGGCCAGGUGGGGGUCGAGUGAAAAUCGAAAGCGUGAAACUGGAUUUUAAAGAAAAGGCCCAUGCAAAGGUCGGCUCACUUGACAACGCUCACCACAUGCCCGGAGGAGGAAACAUCAAGAUUGACAGCCAGAAGCUCAACUUCCGAGAGCACGCCAAGGCCCGCGUGGACCAUGGGGCUGAGAUCAUCAUGCAGUCGCCCGGCCGAUCCAGCGUGGCUUCCCCGCGGAGGCUCAGCAACGUCUCCUCCUCCGGCAGCAUCAACCUGCUUGAAUCUCCUCAGCUCGCCACCCUCGCUGAAGAUGUCACUGCGGCCCUGGCUAAGCAGGGCUUAUGAAUUCGCUUCAUUUAGCAGUGUUUGAAGUAAUAAUAUUUAGGCAUGAGCUCUCGCCAGGAACAGGCUCUGAGCAGGUGUUCACAUUCAUCCUUUACCAUGUCUAAAAUUAAGUCACCUCCCAAGACUGUAGUAACCAUAAAAUAAAACCGGGGGAUAAAAAAAAGAUAACACAUAGUUGCAGAAAUUGGCCUGAUUUCCAUUCUGAGCGGGAAGACGCUGGCUUUUAAUGUGGGUACAAUCGCAGUAUAUUCCAUUGGACAAUUCUUGUCGCUCUGCGCUGUCUUGCAUGGAGUCUCUGUGCUAGGACACAAUGCAUUUUGUGCCUGAGGGC